AUCCUCAUCCGAGCCACCGUGUUAGCCCCCUUCACCUCCCGCCUGGCCAACAUCGAGUGCGUGCCCACCGUCAUCCGGGAGGGCAGGUGCUCACUGGUCACCUCCUUCGGUGUCUUUAAGUACAUGGCCCUGUACAGCCUGGUGCAGUUCGUGUCUGUCCUCCUCCUCUACACGAUCAACACCAACCUGAGCGAUUUCCAAUUCCUCUUCUUCGACCUGAUCAUCACCACCACCGUGGCUGUGCUGAUGGGUCGGACGGGUCCUGCGCAGGACCUGGGAGUGGAACGUCCCCAAGGGGCGUUGAUCAGCGUCCUCGUGCUGGGCAGCCUGCUCCUCCAAACGGCUUUGCUCAUCACCAUCCAAGUCAUCAGCUACUUCAUCACCAUCUCGCAGAGCUGGUACGUGCCGCUGAACAGCACGGUGACGGCUCCCCAAAACCUGCCCAACUACGAGAACACGGUCCUCUUCUGCGUCACUGUGCUGUUCUUGGUAGUCCUCAUCCUCCUCUUUGGCCUCAUGAUCUGGUUGACCCUCUACCCCAUGGGCUUCCCCAAAACGCUGCUGAAGCUGAAGGGCAUCGACGACUUGAAUUUCAAGCUGCUGCUGCUGG